AUGUCUGCUUUCGGCUCUCCUUUCCAAUCUACUAUUCACGGUCAAUAAGAAGAUUCACCCAACAGAGUUAGAAUAAAACUUCUUGGUGAAAAGUGGUAAAACAUCUAACACAACAUCGACCGUGAAAAACAAGAUCGUAGAGAUAUUCUUGAAGAAAAGCUUAGAAAUGUCGAAGAUAAAAUUAAUUCUGAACGUCCUAAUGACGAACAAAGAUUUAAAGUAUUAAAGGAGCAAGUUUUGAAGCUUUAAAAUACUCUUGAAGAAGAAAAGAAUGGCAGAGAAGUUUUUGAUGAAAGAAAGGGUAAAGAAAUUAAGAUUCUUGAUGAAAAUUUACACAAUCUUUUGGAAGAAGAAAAAUCGAGCAAAAGAAUGGUUGAAAGCAACCUUUUGAAGCAAAUCGAUGAAAAGUUCUACAAUAUGAACUUAAGUCUUUCCAAGAAUAACAAGGCUUAUGAAGAAAACACUGAAAUUAAGCUUAAGGAAGUUUAAGCCUAGAUUGGAUUUAUUAAGGAACAAAUCGAUUUAGAAAAGAGAAAGAGAGAAGAAUCUACCAAUGGUUUGACUGAUGAGAUCGAAAAUGAAUUGAAUAAAUUCCACGAUGUCCUUCUUAUUGAAAAGAAGGUUCGUGAAGAAACCCAAGCUAAAAUAUAUAGAAUGAUUGAAGAUAUCCACUCUAAGCUCCAAACUGAAUUGGUCUAAGAAAAGAGAGACAGAGAAUCCACAACUGAGUCUUUAAUUAAACUCUUGGAAGACACUUGCUAGAGAAUUGAUAAGAACUUCCGUCAAUGA